AUGGCUGAUAACUUUCGCGUACGCUCACCCGCUGAGUUUUUCGCGGAAAACAAAAACAUUGCAGGUUUCGAUAACGAUGGGCGCUCUCUUUAUACCACCGUGCGCGAGCUCGUAGAAAACGGCCUCGAUGCUGCAGAGGCCGCUGAAGUGCUGCCCUCGAUUCGCAUACGACUCGAGGAACUUAGGGGUAAGGACUUUCAAGCGCGCCUGGGACUUGGGGGCAUCGUCAGAAGAGACUUCAGUAUGUACAAAGACUUUCAUGAGCAGCGGAAACUAGCUCAGGGCAAAGCCGCUGCACUGCGGCGCAAGAAAAGGCGGGCUCCGAACGUUGGACCCGAGGGCACGAGCGAACCCGCCGAUGAGCCUCAGUUAGAGGCUCCCAGCGACGGUGCCACGCUCGAAACCUGCACGGAUGAAGCGGCUACCGCAGAUGCAGGAGCCGGUGUAGAUGAACCGCAAAGUGGGGAUGCCCAGUUUUUCAUUGUUUCUGUACAGGACAAUGGAACUGGGAUCGAGCACGAGCGCAUUCCUCAGAUGUUCGGUAUUGUUCUCGCCGGCACCAAGUACAGCGUUCAGCAGUCUCGCGGUAAAUUCGGACUCGGAUCGAAGAUGGCGCUUCUAUGGAGUAAGAUGUCUACUGGUCUUCCGAUACGUAUCUGUUCUUCUACAGAUUCGCGUCAGCCAUUAUCGCUCUGUAUGCUGGAUAUCGACAUCGCUAGAAACAAACCUCGAGUGCUUGUUCACAAGAAAAUCGAAAAUGCGAUUGGGUUUCGCGGCACGGAAGUCUCAGUAACCAUUAGAGGUAACUGGAAGACGUACCGCACAUAUAUCCUGCAAUAUUUGCGUCACAUGGCAAUUAUUACCCCAUAUGCUGAGUUUUUCUUUAGUUAUCGUGGACCAAUAGCAUCCAAGAAUUUUGAUCUCUAUUUCGCGAGGAGGUCCGAUUGUGUUCCGCCACAACCAACCCAAGUGAAGCAUCAUCCGAGCUCGGUGAACCAACUCGUCCUCCAGCAACUGAUGAAUAGUGUGCCAGCCAGCACCAAACUAAUCGAUUUCUUGGCAAACGAGCUCUCAUCUAUUUCGCGUGACUACGCAAAAAGAUUGGUGUGCGAGUUAGGCUGCUCUUUUUCCGAGGAAACCUCCGUUGCCGAGGUGAAAGGUAACAUGUUACGCCAUCUACUCGAACUCUUGAGGCAAGCACAUUUUCUGCCGCCUAGUGGAGAUUGUUUGAGCCCCGCCGGUGAAUACAAUCUGCGUCUAGGUAUCAUCAAAGAAUUAAGCCCCGAAAUAGUCGCAACGCAUACAGAGCCUGUCGGCGUGCUUGACGGCCAUCCGUUCAUUGUUGAGGUUGGUGUGAGUUUCGGUGGUGCCAAGGUGAAGCCAGGCAUCAACGUUUUCAGGUUCGCAAACCGCAUUCCUCUACUCUUCGAGGGUGGUAAUGAUGUUGUCACGCGAACCGCGACCAAAUUAAUCCCCUGGACGAAUUACAAAAUCAAUCCCAUCACGGAUCGCGUAGGAGUAUUCUGCUCAAUCGUAUCUACGCGUUGCCCGUUCAAGGGUACCGGAAAAGAGUAUAUCGGAGCUGACGCAGAGCCCAUCCAGAAAUCCGUUCGCCAUGCUAUCAUGCAGUGUUGCCAGCAGCUGCGAAUCAAGCUCGUUCGAAAGAGCAUCCAACAGGAGCGACAGGAACGAAAGAAAAGGCUCUCCAAAUACGUUCCCCACGUUGCUCGUGCAAUCCACAAGGUUUUGCUCGCGAUGGCCAACCAUAUGGAGGUGCUCGACGGAACUUCUCGCGAGAAAGACCAUGGGCAGAGUCUACUCGCGAAAGUUCAAGCAGGGUUGAUUUCAGAGUCAGUUAUAGGGGAGCACCUCAUGCGACAUGUUGCAGAAACUGAAGUCGAAGAGCACCAAGACUCCAAGAAGGGCGUUGCGCAGAUCGAUCUAAGCCAUGUAUAUCCCGGAAUACUACCACCGGCAGUGCAGUCUCUGCUCCGUCCUAGUUUCAAAUCCGCGCACGACGACGCAAACAUUGAUGACAUAUUCCGUCUUCAUUUCCUUGAUACUCAGAAAGCCUCUACGGCUGCACGCCUUGGUGAGUGUGAUGGGGUCCCGAUCUGA